UCCACUGUCUCACGCCGUACUAUUACCAUGCCGACCGUCAUGUGUUACACCAACUUGAACACGGACCAGUUACCAGAGGACUUCGAGAUAUGGGCCACCGGUGUUGUAGCUGAAGUGGUAGAUAACCCCGCCAAGUUCGUAAGUGUGGUCGUGGUUCCAAAUGCCCGUAUGUUGCGUUUAGAAGACCCUUCGCCCAUGAUGCUGGUACAAAUCCAUGCCAUUGGAGUAUUUGAUAAGGAGAGGAAUCCCGGCUAUACAGCAAAACUAAAUAAAAGCUUUAGGGAAAAGCUAAAUGUACCCGCUAAAAGGGUGAUCCUUCACUAUUUUCACGUGGAACAACAUAUGGUUGGUUAUGUGGAUUGACGACCCAUUUUUACAUACGAAAUUCAUUUGUGAUUGUCAAUAAACCUAAGCGAAGAA